CUCUCUCCUCCCUCUCUGUCUUUCUUCUCUGUGUUUUUCUCAAGAGACAUCCACUUUUUGAACACCGCAGGUUCUACCACCACUGGACCUCCAACCCCACGCAGACAGUACGCCGUGAGAGGACCACAGAAACCAUGUUUCCUCUCCGUGUACACCUGUUGGCAGCGCUUGUCAGCCUGGCGCUGUGCCAGUAUGAGGACGACGACUACAUUCCGCACUCCUUGAUAGGACCCUCCAGCGCAAACUGCGACCGCGAGUGCGAAUGCCCCAUCAAUUUCCCCACCGCCAUGUAUUGCGAUGGCCGCAAGCUCAAGUUUGUGCCCAUGGUUCCCUCAGGAAUCAAGUAUCUGUACCUCCAGAAUAACCAGAUUGAUGAGAUCAAGUCUGGCGUAUUUGACAAUGUCACCUCCGAGCUCCGCUGGCUGGUCCUCGACAACAACCAGAUCACCAACGGGAAGAUUGCGUCAGGUACCAUCGAUAAAUUGACCGCCCUGGAGAAACUCUUCUUCAGCCACAACCUUCUCACGGAGCCAGUGGUCCCCCCUUCCAAGUCUCUCGAUGAGCUGAAGAUGACACACAACAAAUUGAACAAGUUUCCCUCCGGGCUCCUGAAUGACAAGGAGAAUCUGACUUCUGUCAACGUGCAGCACAACGAGCUCACCUCUGAGGCUGUCGCCGGCGCUUUCAAAGGGUCCAAGAAGCUGCUGUCCCUCGACGUGAGCCACAACAAGCUGAAGAAGCUGCCCGUCGGCGUACCCGCCUCGCUGGAAAUCCUCUAUGCUGACUACAAUGACAUUGACAGCAUCGGUUCGGGGUACCUGAGCAAGGUGCCGGGCCUGCGGUAUCUGAGGGUCUCCCACAACAAGUUGGUGGACUCCGGUAUCCCCGCAGGAGUGUUCAACGUGACGUCACUGGUGGAACUGGACUUGUCUUUCAACAAGCUGCAGUCCAUUCCUGAUAUCAAUGAGCAGCUGGAGCAACUGUACCUCCAAGCCAACGAGAUCAACAAGUUUGACCUUUCAAGUUUCUGCAAGUACGUUACCUCUACCAACUUUUCCCACCUGAAGCACCUGCGUCUGGAUGCCAACAACAUCACACACCACAGCAUGCCCCCGGAAACCUCUGAAUGCUUGCGCAUAGCCACCGAGAUCCUGUUUGAAUAAGGAACUUACCCCCCGUCAUCCACCAUUUAUGGAGUUACUUGUUUAAAUAAUCCUCAACACACACAUUUGUUCGGACAAAAAAAGUAGAGGUAUUGCAGCAUCAUUUCCAAUAAACACCGAUUUAAAAAAGUAAUAAUACAGUAUACAAUGACAGGGCAGAUUGAAGUUUGAAUAGCCACCAAAUAUUUGUAGAUAGACAAAGCAAAAAUGUAAUUUGAAAGAAAAACAAUCCUAAAAAAGCUACAAGGCGACAAAAAGUUUAGAGGUGCUGUAGCUAAGUUUGCUAACCAGCUAGGAUCUUGAAUACACAUUUUUCUAGAUCUAAAUGAGAAGGCCAAGGUUAGCAACUUGCUCGCAUUUAGCUUUGAGUUUAAAAAAAACAUUCCAAUUUGACACGUUAGCUUGUCGAAUGGAGACAAGGCGGAGUAAACAAUAAAAUCUCCCGUGUCUCUAUAGUAGCUUCACUUUGUCUUUGUGAUCUAUGUUCCGUGUUUAGCAUGUAUAGUAUCGUGUUUAAUAAAGCCAUUGCUGUGCAAAGGGCCAGCGAAAAAGACUGCGUAUUCAACUGUUUUGUGUAUAAUUCAUGAAUAAAUUGUAAAAUACUAUACUGACUUCUUGAAAAAAAAGUUCAACAUUAGCUCAUGAAGCUAAAACGUCACAUAUUUGUUUGUCGUGAGAAUUGCUGAUGUAUAUCCUUUCCAUUACAUGCAUGAAUUCAAAUGGUAUCAUUCUUUUGAUAAUAAACUACAGCUUUUGCA